AUGCGUGCUGUCAUUCAACGUGUUCUUCGAGCUAGUGUUCGAGUGGGUGAUGAUUUGAUCAGCUCCAUUGACCGCGGCCUAUGCGUUCUCAUUGGUAUUACUCAUGAUGAUGAUCCAAGUGAUGUUGAUUACAUCGUGAAAAAGUUACUCUCUAUUCGACUGUGGCCGUCGGCUGACGGUAGUAAAAAUUGGACUCGAAAUGUUGUUGAGAUCGAUGGAAGUCUGUUGUGCAUCAGUCAAUUUACUCUACAUGCAACAUUGAAAGGAACAAAACCCGAUUUUCAUUUGUCAAUGUCCGGCGAACAGUCUAGGGUUGUUUAUGAAAAAUUGUUAAGUCAAUUGAAACUAAGUUACAAGUCGGAGAAAAUUUUCGAUGGACAAUUCGGAGCAAUGAUGAAUGUAAAUAUCGAAAAUGAGGGCCCUGUAACCAUUAUUCUCGAUAGUCGCUCGAAAAAACCUAUGACAACAACAACAGCAGCAGCAGCAGAAGCGAACGCCAACGAAGAUUAA